AUGGAAUUAGAAAGUUUUGGUUGUUUCAAAUGUUCGAAAACUUUUCUGUGUCACAAAAGUUUAAUCAAACAUAUAUCUUUAAAUUAUCCAUAUUUGGAUAAAUAUAAAUGUGUCCAAAAAAAUUGUCAUCGGUCAUUCAGUAACAUAAAUACUUUACGAAAACAUUAUGCUAUGUCACAUAAUAACAAUACAAUAUUUGUUCAAACCCAACCAACCACAGAACAAAAAAAGACAGAUCAUGAAGUGUCUUUGAGUGAAAAUGUUCCUUCUAUUUCAACCCAUGUAGAAUCCACUGUUGAUUCAGAAGGUCCUAAUCUAGAAAAUGAAGUGAUAAAGUUUAUCGCAAAGCUUUAUAGUAACCCUACUUUAAACAAAAGCGUCGUACAAGAGGUAAUUGGUGAUACAAAAGAACUAAUCUUUAGUAUUUUGAACAGCAUAUCUGAAAAAAUUCUUCACCACUCUGAAUCUAGUAAUAUAUUACUUCAAGAAGUACGUGCGCUUGAUGAAAUUUUCAGUAAAAUUAAAUCAGACUAUCUAAGACUAAAAUAUUUUGAAAAUUCUGACACUUUAUUUCGUUCGGAGCCAUUUUAUAUAGGUUCACGAUGGGUAUUAGAUAAUAUUUCAAAACCUGGAGCUCCAGGUAUUAAAAUAAAUACUGACUUUGGACAAAAGUGUUCUUUAGAAUUGAAAUUAAAAAAGUUUUUAGAGUUACCUAAGGUUAAUAAUGAAAUUUUAAAUUAUAUUAUUGAAGAAACAUCACAAAAAACUAUUACAACUAGCAUUAUUCAAGGUCGACUCUGGAAAAAUAUUCAAAAUUCUUUUGAGGGUAAAGUAAUAUUCCCCUUAUUAUUAUUUUAUGACGAAAUAGGAGCUGUAUAUGUUAGCUUAGCAUGUCUUCCACCAGAGUAUACAUCUUUACAAGAAAAUGUUUUUUUAUAUCAGCUAUUUUACACUUCUGAUAAACAAUUUUAUGGAAAUGGAAAGUUGUUCUCCAGUUUAAUCAAUGAAUUAAAAAAACUUGAAUCUCAAGGAAUUGACUUAUUUAUUAAUAAUGAGAAAAAAAAAGUAUACUUUCCGUUACUUUUAAUUCUUGGAGAUAAUCUUGGUCUAAACUCAAUUCUUGGGUUUUCGGAAAGUUUUAAUUCUGACUAUUUUUGCCGUAUUUGUGUAACACAUAGAAAUUUUACAAAGACAGAGACAGAUGUUUCCAAGUUGAUCCUUCGUACAACUGACAACUAUCAACUUCAUGCUGGCGAGUUAAGUUAUGGUGUCAAAGAAAAAUGCAUCUGGAAUGAUUUAGUGAGUCUUCAUGUUACCAGAAAUAGGUAUUGUGAUUUGAUGCAUGACGUAUUUGAAGGUGUUUUACGUUAUGAUAUGGCAUCGCAUAUUUAA